UACGGCAGCCGGGAAGGCUCAUUCCGCCCGGUGGUGUUCACACGUGUUUUUUAACCAGACAGUUUGUUGUCAUUUGGCUGUGGUCGCUAAAUCCCGAUACAUUCGGGUAUUUCUUGCUUUAACCUUGCUUGUACCAUUCACUCAAAAUGAACGGGAAAGAAGACGAAGAUUGUCUGUUUCUUGAAAACAUUUUGGAUAAACUUUACGAGUUUGAUGAUGGACCGGCAUCAAAAAAGAAGCACAAGUCUCAGAAGAAGAAUAAACGAAAAAGAUGUGAGGAAGAGGAGAAGGAGGAAGAGGUACCUGCAGUCAACGAUGUGUGCAGUGAAAAAGCAAAUCAUGUUGGAACUGACAAGCAGCAACAAGUACAGAGAGAACAAACAGGUCCAGCCAUCCAGCCGGCGAGCAAUGUGGAGGUCGUAACGUUUCAGGACCCCAGAAAGAAACCAAGGAUUAAACAGAAGCCUCCCUCUGAGAAAAAGCCUGCUCCUCAGAAGAUAACGGAGGAGAAGGAGAGCGACCAGCCAGAAGAACUCAGUUUGGAAAAGGCCCGUCUUGAGGUCCAUCGGUUUGGAAUCACAGGAUAUAAGAAGGAGCAGCAGAGAGUGUUUGAGCAGGACCGAGCCGUCAUGCUGGGAGCCAGACCUCCUAAGAAGGAAUACACAAACUACAAGAUGCUGCAGCAGCAGAUCAAAGACAAGAAGCAGAAAGCAAGGGAGGAGGUUCAGCCGGAGCUGAAGAAAAAGAAGAAGACCAGUAAUCCGAGGGACAAGAAGAAGAGGGUGAGCUCUGGUUCUGGUUCUGGUUCUGGUUCUGCAUCUCGUUCUGGCCCCUCAGGUCAGGUGGGCCGCUUCAAGAAUGGCAUGUUGAUCCUCAGCUCCAAGGAGAUCCAGAACAUCAAAGGCAACAAGAAGCGCAAAUAGGUGAGCGACUAAAUCCUCCAGGAUAGAGAAAACAGAAUGGAGCAGAGGAAGAACGGCCGUCAGUGACUCGGCUGACUCCAGGACUGUUUGGAUGAGCACUAAAUCCAACCUGAGGCUGUUUCCAGAGGAGAAUAUCAGAAAGUGGACGGACAUGGAUCCGCUUUACCAGCCUCCAAAAUGGACCCUGAAUGCGCACAGUGGGAGGACGUCAGUGAACAAAACUGGAGACUCUUGUGAAAUAAUUUUCCAUCACAGUUAAUUUAUUUUGUUUUUAUAAAUAAGAAAAAAAAAGGACAUUUCAGUUUCUCGUGUUUUACACUGCAAAGGUUUUUAAAUGAUGUUACAAUGCAUUUCUCAUAUACAAACCAUGAAGUCGUACAAAACAUUUACAUUGGCAGGGAGAGGGAGGGGAUCAUUACAGGACAGAUGGGGGGUAAUUGUUAAAAAAAAACAUAUGAUUCACACACAAGCAGACAUGUUCAUGAAUAAACACAAAGUCUCUCAUUGUAAACCCUUAUUCACACGACUUCUUGACACCUGAAGAUACUCCGUUCAUGGUGUAAACAUUUCAGAUCAUUACAGAAAACCAGAUCUUGUCACUUUAAAGGGAAAACACUAAAAAAGUCGAUGGUUUUCGAGCGAUAAAGAUGGCGAAACAAGAGGUGUGAUCUGGCAGUGUGCGGCUGGGUGAGGUCACAAAUUCUCACACCGUUUUUCUCAAAGCAGCUUUUGUAUAAUUUAUACAUAAAAAUAAAAUAAAUUGUGAAAAGAAAUAUGAAGCUCAUCUGCAGCACAUUGUUUCAAGCUGUAAGCAAAUCUGUUUCACGUUGAGAUUGUGUAGCCAACCAUAGACAGUAAAUAUAUAUAUCAUCAGAAGCCGUUCAACUUUAAUACUGAACAAAUUGAAGAGGGCACUAUACAAAAUAAAAUAAAUAUAUUUACAUACUUUAUAGAGUAAAUCAAUCUGGCAUUCUUUAAAGAGCUCAAAGCAGUGACAUGCUUGCCCCAGCAUUAUAUCUUGAAUUAAAUUAAAUCUCACAUUCAUGGGUGGGUAAGUGUGGGGUAAAGGGACAUGCCGUACAAGCACUCUCACUAUACCAUAUCUAGACAGGAGUGACUUUAAAUAAGUGUUCUGUUUGUAUCUGUCACAUUGGGUAUUGUUUUGAUAUAUUAAUUUAAUUGUAUUCAGAAAGAAAAAAGCAUAUUUUACCUGAUAGAAAGUCUGACUUCCUGAAUCUCCACCUACACGUAUAGUAUUAGCUAUUAUUCCCUUCCUUCUUCUGCAUCCUUUUUGACAUCAUCACAGCCUGCAGACAUGUUCCCCAAAUCCUCUUUCAGACUUUCAGAAGAAUGAAAGAUUCACCUUUGGUUAUCAGAGAGAUGUCUCCCUUUGCUCGUGGGCCUAAAGUCUAUUCCUGGUUGCAGCAAAGUUUAGCUCGGGGGCAGAUUUCUCUUCUGAUGGGGGGGGGGACGGUCAGAGCAGAGCAGCCUCACAUCAGGCCAAAGUCAGCGGCAUGUGGUAAGCUAUUGGUCUGGUGCACGUCAGGAAAAAAAUCCCCUUUGGCGGAGAGUUUGAUGUUUGAGUGCUGGGUCGGGGAGAAACUGCUCCAAGUCCUGACUUUGACACUAAUGCUGCAUUCACGCCACGUGGGAAAUAUGGUAACUGUAGGCGCCAAUUUCAGUUGGUAGACUGAUACAGAAUUCCAAUUAAUAAUCAAAUAAAUUGGUUUUCUUUUGGACUAUAGUGCCUGGAUUUAUUGUUAGCAAUGAAAUGCUUAAUUCGAGCUAAGAAAAACGCGUUUUCUUGGCCACUUGAGGGCAGCAGAAACACAAGCGUUGAUAACACUAACAUCAUCUUUUAACUUGAUAUGACGAUCUUGUUAGAAAAUGGUUGCUUUAUUCAAACAUCCAGCGGAUACAGAGCAAUGUUGACACUUCUUACUGUAGGUGUUGUGUUUUUAGCCAAUAGACACAUUUAGCCUAAAUAUUGUCUCUCUUUUAGCUAAUUUCUUUGGUUUUCGCUCAUGAGGGAGAAAUCUGGUUAACUGGUACGUUGUUUUAUCUACUGUGGGAUAAUCAGAGUAAAUCAAAAACCGUUUAGGUCAAGAUCAAGAAAACCAAAAAAUGAGCUGAAAGACACUAAAACGCUCGGUUGACAGGGUGAUUAUUCUCUGUGGGUUCAUCACUUUAAGUGACCCCGUUUCACAUAUGGUCCAUUGGUGUCAUUAUAAGAGUAUAGAUUUUAGCCACUGUACAAUUAUAUUUCCCACAUUAUUUGAAUGCAGCAUCAAGCCAGUUAGAAGGGCUCUGCAGACUUCCCUAACACACCUGCAGGUUGUAACAUUAAAGGUAACCAGUUUGAUACAUGAUAAAUACAUAAUACCAUCUCCAUCUCCCAACAAAAAGCUUUAUAAAUAUUCUUCAGUAGUAGUUCUUACUUUUCAAAUAAAA